AUGGGUGUGAAACUCAGCGUGGAGGGCGCCGCGUACGCCCGGGUCGUCCCGCCGGAGAGGUCCUGGGAGUGCCUCCACGGCCUCCACGGCCUCCGCCCGGACGAUGCCGCCGACUGCCCGCCGCCGAGUCCGCGGACGGAGCGAGAGCAGUGCCCCGACGCAAAGCAGGUGCAGCGCUACCGCCACCUGCCGGGGCCGCUGCCGUCGCCGCUGCUCGUGGCCGCGGUGACGGCCGUCGUGGUGCUCGUGUUGUGGCCGUCCUCGGCGUGCGGCAUGCGCGGCCCGCACCACCCGCGCGGGGAGGUCAUCAAGCACCAGCACUACCAGCCGCGGCCCGAGCAGCACACCAAGAUCACCCAGGACGAGAUGCUGCUGCAGGACAAGGAACACAUCCGGGAAGACCUGGGUGACUGGGUGACCGACGAGGCGCUCGACAGCAUGUCGCCGGAGGAGCUGCAGUUCCACUACUUCAAGGCGCACGAUUCGGACCAGAACACGAAACUGGACGGCUUGGAACUACUGCGAGCCAUCAUGCACACAGCCGAGGACCACGACCACGGGGAGCACGAAGACCAAGAAGAAAAUUCGGUCCAGGAGCAGGCCAAGCACCCCACGCCGAUAGAGUACUACAUCGAACUGAUUGACGAGGUGCUGCGCGAAGACGACGCGGACAACGACGGCUACCUCAGCUACGCGGAGUACGUCGCCAACCGCAACCAGAGCAGCAAGAGGCGCGCGGCUGACAUGAUGGAGAAUCCGGCCGCCUUGAAGGCACUGCCAGGACUGCAGACUAAAUAACAAAGCAGGUGUGCGCCAGAGCGUGUCUUGCCGCAACAGGCUUUGCGAUGCUGCGCCAGUUACGACAAUCCACGCUUGGCACACCCAUCUAGCCAGAAGCUAAGCUAUACAUAGAAAACGGGUUCGAUUCGUCCUGGGUUCGAAAAAAGUUUGUGUCAAAGGGGUAGGUCAUUCGUUGUCCUCAAUUCUCAAUUUGUUAACUAGUUCGUAUGUUUCUACGUUUCUGUUUUGCGAUAGAGUGUAAAAAACACUGUGUUAAUGAAAAAAAAGUUUUUUGAAUUGUUUUUAAGAAUUAAAAUAAGUUUUUGUAAACCAUUA